AGGGCCCUGGCAACACUGCUUCGCAAAAUCAAACACAACACCAUCAAACCAUAACACAAGUCACAAAAUAAAAUCACUUUUAAACGUCUUGCGUUCAUUGUAUGUUGUGUUUUAGAACUGGAACAAUGAAAGUUUAAUGCUGGUGUUAGUGUAAAGUAACUUGGACGUGGAGAUAAAAAGGAAGUGAUUAGGAGCUCAAAAUCAGAAUGUAGCGCUUAGUCAAGUUCCAUAAACGAGUUUUCUAAAUUUGUGAUAUCGAUCUUUGUCUUACAGUGUAAUUUUAUAAAGACUCAAAAUGUCAGUGGUUAAAGCAAAAGCCCUAGUGAAAAUGGAAGUUAUUCAAGUGGGUGAAUACGAAUUCACCAAGCAAGAUAUAAUAGGACAUGGAGCCUUCGCCAUGGUAUACAAAGGAAGGAAAAGAAAGAAUCCGUCGCAAUCGGUUGCAGUGAAAGUGGUCACAAAAAAAGGCAUACAAAAGGCAUCGGAGAUCCUCGUGAAAGAAAUAAAAAUCCUGCGCGAGCUGACGGCGCUGCAUCACACCAACCUUGUCGCUAUGCAUGACUGCAUGGACAGUCCGGCGUAUGUCUAUGUAGUCAUGGAGUAUUGCAAUGGAGGUGACCUGGCGGAUUACCUACAAGCGAACAGACUGCUCAGUGAGGGCACCAUCCGGACGUUCCUCCGACAGCUGGCGGAAGCGAUGCGCGCGAUACACGCCAAGGGUAUCGUCCACCGGGACCUCAAGCCGCAGAACAUCCUCCUCACACACAGUGUCAUGCCACCGCGAACGCCGCACCCUACUGAGAUUACCCUUAAAAUUGCGGACUUUGGCUUCGCGAGGUUUUUAGAAGAAGGAAACAUGGCUGUUACGCUGUGCGGAUCACCUAUGUAUAUGGCGCCCGAAGUUAUUAUGUCACUAAAGUACGACGCUAAGGCAGAUCUGUGGAGUCUGGGCACGAUAGUGUACCAGUGCCUUACCGGCAAGGCGCCCUUCCAGGCCACGACGCCUCACGAGCUCAAAGCAUUCUAUGAGAACAGCGUCGAUCUACAGCCCAAAAUGCCAGCAGGCACGAGUCCAGAGCUGUGCAACCUGCUGAUCGGGCUGCUGCGGCGGAACGCGCGGGAACGAAUGCCCUUCGAGGUGUUCUUCAACCACCCGUUCUUACAACGGCCACGGACUACCUCCAUCAAUAGUUUGGACUCGGAUCUGCCUGACAUAUUGGAGUGCGAUAUCGAAGGCUGUAUCGAAACUCACUGUAUCCUUGAGGAGUCCUGGGACAGCCAGGAAACAAGUUCUAACAGCGCCGUCCCGACGUCUGCACCACGCGCGCCCCUGUCGGUGCCGCAAUCGCAGCCGCAACCAGUCGCGCAACCAGCCAAGAAGCCGCAACCCUCGUCGUCGACGGAUUCAUCCGAUUUGUGGCCGGGCGCGGAGGACUUCGUGGUGGUAGAGGCAGACAGCGGGUCGACGGAGGGGUCGCACACGUCGCACGGCUCGUCCGCGUCCGAGGCGGCGCCGCGCCCGCGCUCGCUCGCGCUCCCGCCCGCGCAGCCCGACUCCGCCAGCGCGAGCGACCCGCCCGCACAGCCCGUCAACCAGCAGCAAAACGAGAAUACGUCCAAUGCCCUACCGACACGGAACCCGCCGAGCGCGAGCAGCGUGCCGCGCUCGCAGCCCAUCGACGUUCUGCGCUCUAACCACAACCGAAACACCAACAUCGGCUCGCUCUCGCCGCCCUCUGAUUUACAGGUACCGUUCACAAUGGGGACUCCCCCUUCGACUCGCAGACGAAGCGCAUCUGGGAGCUCCCCACCGCCGUCGCUGUGGCAGGUCUCUCCAACGAAUAGCCCUUCAUAUAGGAGAUCAGGGUCGUCGCCGCCGGUGACGCUGGCCGCGCUGAAGGCGAGCGGGGAGUCGUCGCCCAAGCGCGGCGCUCUGCCCGACGCGCUGCUGCGCGGCAUCAAGCUGCACCACGAUCCGCCCGUCUACAUCCCCAACCUGCAGGAGGAGACCAUCCUCGCGGAGGAGCACAGCAAAGUGUUCUCGCAGCUCAACUUCGUGUUGAUGCUGGCGGAGCUACUGUCCGACCUCGCCGUGUCGUGCGGCGCGCCGCUCGCCGCGCUUAUGGACGCCUCCGAUGAGAGGUGCAACGAGAGCGUGCGGCUGGGGCUGUUGGUGCAGGCCAUGCAGGCGCUGGCGGCCGGCCUGCGCCUCGCCGCCGCGCACUACCGCUCGCGCACGCUGCAGCCCACGCCGCAAGUGCGCAACGUUGUCUCACUAAUGAACGGAAAGUACAAGUGGAUCGUGAACGAGUCACGAAGGCUCCACGAAGCGGGUGUGACGCCCGCAGUUUGUGAUAAGAUCCUCUACGAACACGCCAUCGAAUUGUGCCAAAUGGCCGCAAUCGAGGAGCUGUUCGGCGACGUGAAGGAGUGCGAGCGGCGCUACAUGUCCGCGCAAGUGCUGCUGCACUCGCUCGUGCAGCGACACCCGCUGCACCCGCACCACCGCACCACGCUCUCCAAGUACAGGGACGCAGUACAAAGGCGGCUCAACUGCCUCAAAGGGCCGCGUAAAAUCAUGGAUGUGAAAUUAGAGGCCGGGAUCUCAUAAUGCAAUAAGGCAUCUUUACCUAGAAAUAAGUACAUACGAAACGCAAGACGAGAAGUGAUUUUAUUUUGUUUUAAAAAGACUUGCAGUGAAAAACUAUUAAAAAAAAGUGUAUAAAAGGUUUAUAAGUGAACGAUAUCAAAACAAAAUAAUCAUACACACAUCUGUUGUUUAGCUAUUAUAUAAUAUUAUGAAGAUUACCGAGAUCGCAAUAGUGAGUUAUAUUUUUUUAACUGUAUGUAUCGACGUUUUCUUGCAAGCGGUAGUAUAUUCUAGAAACACCUAGAAAGUGUUAGUGUAAAGAUUUUAGUACAGCUUAAAUAUAAAUUUUAAGUAGAUAAUUGUGUCGUGACACUGUCCCUACAAAUUAAUUAAUGGUUGUUAUUAUUGAAAUAGUCCUAAUUUUACUUUUAUAUUAUUGUACACUUUCAGAAAUAUUCAGCUUCAGCUGACCGCCGAGCACUUUUUACUUUAAAUGGACAUACAAAUAUUCCUUCAGCCGCCAUUGACACUUUAGAGUUUAAAUAUUAUAAUAUAAUAAAAAUGUAAAAAAAAACUGCAUAGAAAUGUAGAAUGGAUUUUCGAAACUAUCUCAUAACAUGUAUUACAUUUUUAUUAUUACAUACUUAUUUGUAGUGAUAUAUAAAGUGAAAAAUGUGAAUUAAUAAUAUCUCAAGGUGGACAUGAUAGAGAGAUCUCAUUAUUAUUGACCAAUAACAAUAUGGCAUUUUUAGGUUAAGUUGAAAGGUGUUUUAAGUAUUUUUGAAAAAAUCAGUAUAAAAUUAUUUGUCUAUAUACUCACAACAAAUUACAUUAUAUUGCCAAAUUGUGAUUAUCAUUGUGUAUUUCUUUUUCAGAAAGUCAAUGCUUUACCGAAAUAAGAAUAAAGACUGUUGUAAUAUAAAGCUAGUUUGUUUUUAUUGUUUAAUAAAUACUUAUUUUCAACAUCUC